AUGGCUGACGCUCAAUUUGACAGUGCGCUCGACCUCCUGCGGCGCUUGAACCCCCGGGAUACCAAGCAGAACCUUCAGGCGAUCACUUCUAUUGUCCCCGACCUCACCGAAGACCUCCUUUCCUCCGUUGACCAGCCCCUCGAGAUCCGCCGGUGCUCCAAGACCAACCGUGACUACUUGCUCUGCGACUACAACCGGGAUGGUGAUAGCUACCGUUCUCCUUGGAGCAACGAGUUCGAUCCUCCACUGGAUGAUGGAACCGUCCCUAGUGAGAGGGUGAGAAAGCUUGAAGUGGCGGCUAAUGAGGCUUUCGACGUCUACCGGGAACUGUACUAUGAGGGUGGUGUAGGCAGCGUCUACUUCUGGGAUUUGGACGAUGGUUUCGCCGGAGUCAUACUUUUGAAGAAGGGUUGGUGA